AUGACGUCGUGCCUCCGAGGCGGCGGCGGCGGCGGCGGUGGCGGGACUUACGUCUUCGAUCUCGACGUUGUGAAGACGUCGUCUUCGUCGUGGUGUCGUUCCUCGCAAUCUUCGGCCUCUUCGUACCCUUCUUCCACCCUCUCCGAAUUGAGCAACUCGCCGGCGCUAACAAUAUCUAUCAAGAGGGCGAGGACUCCCCGGAAGCGGCCCAACCAGAUAUACAACGAAGCCGCCGCCCUCCUCUCCGCCACAUACCCCGCCGUCUUCUCUGCCGUCAAGAGUCCAAGGCUUCUCCUUUCCAAUACAACUAACCCAUUCCACCCCUUUCCGGAACCCCCCGAUCUCCUCCCCCCUCUGCCGGUCCUCAACGACGCCGCAUUCCUAAUCCCAACCCCCAAUCCACCGUCCGCCGCAACCGCAGUCCACUUCCACCUCAAGCGAAAGACUUUCUUAACCGCUUCCGAGAAAGAUUCCGCCGUGAGUCCAGCAAGCGACGUGUCCCGGGAGUCGAAUUCGCCGGAGUGCCCCAUCGAGGACGACUUCGACGCAGAAUCGAUUCUCGAAUCAGAGGUGGCACAGGGCAUCGACAGCAUCAUCGGCAACCUCACUGUCGACACUUCAACCACCGACUCCACGAAUUACCCCAUUAACUCCCUGCUCCGGAGCCUCGUUGGACGCAGAAUCUCCAGCAAUUUCGAGCUCGGUUUUGGAUUGCGGCGGGCACCGAGAAAGAGGGAUGAGGAGAAACAGUGGAGCUCAAACUCAGUGCCGAUGUCAGACAUAAAUCCAAACUACGAGCCUCCUUCUCCUCCAGCGCCGGUAGGGCCGGAGAAAAUCGAGGUCGUGAACCCGGAACAGGGGAGGCUGAAGGCUGCACUGGGGCUCAGGCUGAACCAUGAACAAGUCGUGAGAGAUUGGGCCGAUCGCGGUUCGGUUUUCUCCGACCGGUGCGAGUCGUGA